AUGAGGAUGAGGACCAGGAUGAAACGAUUCAAUGAUAAAUCUGAGAGAGCCAAUGAGAGAGCAGAGACUGAGAGGAGACAACGACAGGAGACAAGGACAGGAGACAAGGACAGGAAACAACGACAGGAGACAACGACAGGAGACAACGACAGGAGACAAGGACAGGAAACAACGACAGGAAACAACGACAGGAGACAACGACAGGAAACAACGACAGGAAACAACGACAGGAGACAACGACAGGAGACAACAACAGGAGACAAGGACAGGAAACAACGACAGGAGACAACGACAGGAGACAACGACAGGAGACAACAACAGGAAACAACGACAGGAGACAAGGACAGGAAACAACGACAGGAAACAACGACAGGAGACAACGACAGGAGACAACGACAGGAGACAAGGACAGGAAACAACGACAGGAGACAACGACAGGAGACAACGACAGGAAACAACGACAGGAGACAACGACAGGAGACAACAACAGGAGACAAGGACAGGAAACAACGACAGGAGACAACGACAGGAGACAACGACAGGAGACAACAACAGGAAACAACGACAGGAAACAACGACAGGAGACAACGACAGGAGACAACAACAGGAAACAACGACAGGAGACAAGGACAGGAAACAACGACAGGAAACAUCGACAGGAGACAACGACAGGAGACAACGACAGGAGACAAGGACAGGAAACCAACGACAGGAGACAACGACAGGAGACAACGACAGGAGACAACGACAGGAGACAACAACAGGAGACAACAACAGGAAACAACGACAGGAAAAAACGACAGGAGACAACGACAGGAGACAACAACAGGAAACAACGACAGGAGACAAGGACAGGAAACAACGACAGGAAACAUCGACAGGAGACAACGACAGGAGACAACGACAGGAGACAAGGACAGGAAACAACGACAGGAGACAACGACAGGAGACAAGGACAGGAAACAACGACAGGAGACAACGACAGGAGACAACGACAGGAGACAACGACAGGAAACAACGACAGGAAACAACGACAGGAGACAACGACAGGAGACAACAACAGAAAACAACGACAGGAGACAAGGACAGGAAACAACGACAGGAAACAACGACAGGAGACAAGGACAGGAAACAAGGACAGGAAACAACGACAGGAGACAACGACAGGAGACAAGGACAGGAAACAACGACAGGAAACAACGACAGGAGACAAGGACAGGAAACAACGACAGGAGACAACGACAGGAGACAACAACAGGAGACAAGGACAGGAGACAAGGACAGGAGACAACGACAGGAAACAACGACAGGAGACAACGACAGGAGACAACGACAGGAGACAACGACAGGAGACAACGACAGGAGACAACAACAGGAAACAACGACAGGAGACAAGGACAGGAAACAACGACAGGAAACAACGACAGGAGACAACGACAGGAAACAACGACAGGAGACAACGACAGGAGACAACGACAGGAGACAACGACAGGAGACAAGGACAGGAAACAACGACAGGAGACAACGACAGGAGACAAGGACAGGAGACAAGGACAGGAAACAACGACAGGAAACAACAACAGGAGACAACGACAGGAAACAACGACAGGAAACAACGACAGGAGACAACGACAGGAGUUUAGUUUUAGUCUUUGUGUGAAACUGUUAUUUUAG